AUGGCUUUGCAGAAUUUUGAAAAAGUGCUUGAUAUUCAGCUUAAACUAUGGCAUCGAAACGAUGCAAAGUAUGGACCUGCCUAUAGUGAUAUUGGAAAAAUAUAUCUCCACAAAAAUGAUUAUUCAGCUGCUCUAACAGCUUAUCAAAAGCAAAUUGAAGUUAAAUUAGAAUCUUUAUCAUCGAAGCAUCCUUCAUUUGGCACUAUGUAUGCUGAUAUGUCUCUCGUUUAUAUGGCUAGUCAUUAUUAUAUUAAGACAUUUGAAUAUCUGCAAAGAGCUAUAAAUAUGGAUCCUCAUGUAACUAUGAACUUUGGCAGUAUAUCAGAAAAUAACUAA